AUGGAGAAUUCGCCGAGAUACAGAGAUGCAACAGCGAAUCUGGUUCCAUCGCCGAGAUGCCACAACAGCAGCAGCUGCAGUAUGAGCAGCAGCACUGAGAGCAACAAGCCUCCCACUACUCCGACCCGACACGUAACCACUAGAUCCGAAUCCGGAAACCCGUACCCGACAACCUUCGUACAAGCAGACACUUCUUCCUUCAAGCAAGUCGUCCAGAUGCUAACCGGAUCUUCAGAGAGACCCAAACACCACCUCUCCUCUCUUAAACCAAACCCGACCCAUCAACCCGACCCGAGAUCCUCUCCUUCUCAAUUCUCAAUCCCUCCAAUCAAAGCCGUCCCCAACAAGAAACAGUCUUCUUCCUCCUCAUCCGGGUUUCGUCUCUACGAGCGUCGCAAUUCCAUGAAGAAUCUCAAAAUCAACCCUUUAAACCCGGUUUUCAACCCGGUUAACUCGGCUUUCUCGCCCCGGAAAACCGAGAUCCUCUCUCCGAGCAUCCUCGAUUUCCCGUCUCUCGUUCUCAGCCCGGUCACUCCUCUUAUACCCGACCCGUUUGAUCGAUCCGGGUCAUCCAAUCAAAGCCCCAGCGAGCUCGGGUUCGCGAAAUCGGGCACAGAUGCGGAAGAGAAAGCGAUGAAAGAAAAAGGCUUUUACUUGCAUCCAUCUCCGGCGACUACUCCGAUGGAUCCGGAGCCUCGACUUCUUCCUCUCUUCCCGGUGACUUCUCCUCGAGUCUCAGGUUCUUCUUCCGCUUCUACUUCUUGA